GAUAGUACAUUUUUUCCCCUUUAUGAAAGAAUAGUGCAUUAAUAACCAGUGCAGUUAUGGCAUGCUUUAUUAGAUGAUAAUGUAUUAAAUUUCCACACACUCACCUAGAGAUAGGGUUAGUGUCAUAUAAAGGUGUGUAAUCUAUUAAAUAGUGAAAUACUGAUUACAUGGUGCAGCAGAGAUCCAAAUUUGAUCCCCAUCAGCAAACACAACAUCUCAACAACCAGACGUUCUUCUCACGUCUCUGAUUGAUCAUAUGCUCUGCGGCGUGAAACCACGACAUUGACCUGGCACACAGCAAUGGAAGACUCCAGAGCAGAGUUAUUUACCAAAGGAGAAUCUGAGCGACAAAGCAGCGUGUUUCUGAAUCUGUUUAAAGAGUUCAGGUUUGAAGCAUUACACAACCCACCAGCUCAGAGAGAACAUUCCAGCAAUGCCACUGAUCCAAAACCAUGCAGAGUGAAGAGCCAGACACGGCAGAUCCUACUGCAUUGCUUGCACGUGUCCUCUUCUAGAGACCAGACUGGAAAGGACCACAACGCAAACCUGUCCUACCCUGAACUCCAAUCUGGAGAGGACUCAAACAUGUCCUCAACUAAACACCAAGCUGUGUUGGAUUCUACCUUAUACCUGUCCUCAACUAAACAUCAUUCUGAAGAGGGCUCUACCUCAAACAUGUCCUCAACUAAACACCAUUCUGAAGAGGGCUCUACCUCAAACAUGUCCUCAACUAAACACCAUUCUGAAGAGGGCUCUACCUCAAACAUGUCCUCAACUAAACAUCAUUCUGAAGAGGGCUCUACCUUAAACCUGUCCUCAACUAAACACCAUUCUGAAGAGGGCUCUACCUUAAACCUGUCCUCAACUAAACAUCAUUCUGAAGAGGGCUCUACCUUAAACCUGUCCUCAACUAAACACCAUUCUGAAGAGGGCUCUACCUCAAACAUGUCCUCAACUAAACACCAUUCUGAAGAGGGUUCUACCUUAAACCUGUCCUCAACUAAACAUCAUUCUGAAGAGGGCUCUACCUUAAACCUGUCCUCAACUAAACACCAUUCUGAAGAGGGCUCUACCUCAAACAUGUCCUCAACUAAACAUCAUUCUGAAGAGGGCUCUACCUCAAACAUGUCCUCAACUAAACAUCAUUCUGAAGAGGGUUCUACCUUAAACCUGUCCUCAACUAAACAUCAUUCUGAAGAGGGUUCUACCUUAAACCUGUCCUCAACUAAACAUCAUUCUGAAGAGGGCUCUACCUUAAACCUGACCUCAAAUAAACAACAAACUGUGUUGGACUCUACAUCAAACUUUUCCUCAAAUAAACACCAAUCUGGAGAGGACCUGCCCUUUACUAAACAUCAAUCAGAAGUGGACUGUACCUCAAACUUCUUGUUUACUAACCACCAAUCUGGAGAGGACUCUACCUCAAACUCCUCCUCAACUAAACACCAAUCUGGAGAGGACUCAAACUCAUACUCUCCUGAAUACCAAUUCCAAGAUGACUGCACCUCAUACCGUGAAUGCCAUUCUGUGAAGGACUCUAUCUCAGACUCUUCCUCAAUUAAACAACAACUGGGAGAGGACUCUACCUCAAACUUGUCCUUUAAUAAACACCAUUCUGGAAAGGAUCACACCCUACAAUCGUCCAGUCUCAAACCCCAAUUUCAAGAGAAAUACACCUUGCAUGUGUUCUGUCAUGUAAACCAGUCUGGAGAGGACUAUACCUCAAACCUUUCCUCUACUAAACAUCAAACUGAAGGAAAACCAUCUGCAAACCCAUCCUCCCAUGAACAACUAUCUCAAGAUGACCAUAUAUCAAUCCAAUCCUCCCCUGAACACCAAUUUGCAGGAAACCAAACAUCAAAUCUGUCUUCUCCUGAAUCAGAACAGAAACUUUUCAAGUGCCGCUACUGUGGCAAGUCCUUCAGCCGCCAGCGUUACCUCAAAGUGCACACUGUCCAAGGAGAAGAUACAUUUAACUGCACGUCAUGUGGGAAGCUUUUCUCUGCUAAAUGUAGCUUGAUGGCUCACAGACAUUCUGAGCAUAAGGGAGAAAAACCUCUGGAAUGUGAAGAGUGCGGAAAAGCUUUUGCAACAGCUAAAGCGAGAGCUGCGCAUCGGACUAGUCACAACAGAACCCAGCAGAUUAACUGCCCUAGCUGUGACAAAUGCUUCCUGAACAAGCACAUACUAGGUGCCCACAUCCUAAAUGAGCACCGGGGGAUUCAACCUUUUGGUUGUCACAUCUGCGGUAAAAGAUUCAAGCUGAGGAAUGGACUGGUGUCCCAUCAGCGGAUUCACUCAGGAGAGAGACCAUACCACUGCGAGGAAUGUGGCAGGACCUUCAUCGCUAAGAGCACCUUUAACGUCCAUUGCAGGGUUCACACGGGCGAGAAGGCGUUUAGCUGUGAAACAUGCGGCAGGAGGUUUAGCCUAGCCGCUUGUCUGUCCAGACAUCAGCGAAGCCACAGGGAUUUCAAAUCCUUCACCUGUGACCUCUGCAAGAAGACUUUCGCCCAAGCUAGCCAUCUUCGUCUUCAUCAACGCAUGCACUCCGGCGAGAAAACACAUGUCUGCCAAACCUGCCAGAAAAGUUUCAGUCAUAUCCGCUCUCUCAGGUUGCAUGAGAAGAUUCACGUGAUCAAGCGGCCAUUUUCCUGCUCCGUGUGCUCCAAAUCAUUCAGCUCGGAUACGUAUCUCAGAAAGCACCAGCAGCUCCAUACGGGAGUGAAUCUGCACCGCUGUGACGAGUGCGGCAAGAGUUUCAUCACAGCCGGGCAUCUUCGCUCGCACCAGCAAGUCCAUCCACACUCCAGACCUUUCACCUGCGGAGAGUGUGGACGGAAAUGCAGCACCCUCGACGAUCUCGAGCGCCACCGACGCGUCCAUACAGAAGACAGCUUCCGGUGUGAGGUGUGUGAGAAGAGGUUUCUGACGAGGAAAAGCUUGUCCUCGCACCAGCGGACGCACAGUGGUGACAAGCCGUACUCCUGCAGCGAGUGCAGAAAGAGUUUCGCCCACUUAUCCAGUGUCCUCAGACACGCCAGCGUCCACACGCAGGAGAAACCCUUCAGGUGUGACGAGUGUGGGAAGUGUUUCCGUCUGGAGUUUGGUCUCAGAGCUCACUCGCAGAUGCACGCAAACAAGCAAGGGCACACGUGCGCCGAAUGCGGGAGGAGUUUCUCACGUGCAAAAAAUUUACUGAACCACAAGUGUGCAAAAAGAAUGGGACACGGAAUCCAAACAGCAAGAAAAGACGAGAAAGUCUCUGAAAACAGUUUAAAUUCUGUAUCAAAGCAUAAAGUAUAG